GCAGUGAAACUCCAAUCAUUCGGGUCUAGCUUCCCUACAGAUUGAUGAUAGACUCUGCAAUAUCACAACACAUCUCCAUCCAAACUAAUUUCACCGCCAUACAAUCCCUCACACUUCGAAACGUCUACUUAGUUUCAACUUGCACCGUGCGUACUCAUUCCUAAUAAGUUCGACUUGUGCAAGCCCGACCGACCGACAAGAUGCCGCCCUCACUACUCCAUCCACCAAGCCACCUAUCACCAGAAGGGGCGCGGCAACAAGCCACUCUCGCCCCCAGUAUCCUCAAAAACUUCCCCGAAAGCAUAUCGUCGACGCCAAUACUUUCGCUUUUCUCUGCCCCCGAAACUGCCGAACUGUGGGUUACCUACGAGAACCUACUGCUGGCAUGCCUCCGGACGGGAGAUGACCUUUCGGCGCAUAAGUGCUUGGAAAGGUUGAUAAAGAGGUUCGGAGACAAGAAUGAGCGCAUGAUGGCCUUCAAGGGGUUGGUCAAGGAGGCGACCGCAAAGAAUAAUACAGAGUUGGAAGCGAUCCUUAAGGAGUAUGAUAAUAUACUGGCCGAGGAGGAAAACAACAUCCCCAUUGCAAAACGGAGGAUAGCGUUGCUCCGAUCAUUAGACAGGACUCCGGAUGCUGUAUCUGGCCUUCUGGCACUUGUCGACAUAUCGCCGACAGAUGCCGAGGCUUGGGCUGAGCUGGCAGAUGUUUACUUGGCGCAAGGAAUGUACUCACAGGCCAUAUAUGCGCUGGAGGAGGUUUUGGUGCUUCAGCCCAACGCAUGGAAUAUCCAUGCUCGAUCAGGCGAAGUCUUGUAUAUGGCAGCAACAGCGACACAGUCGAAUGAUGCCACUGCUGCUAAACAGUUGGCAGAGGCAACCAAGAGGUUCUGCCGCAGUGUUGAGCUUUGCGAUGAUUACCUGCGAGGAUAUUAUGGACUUAAACUUGUAACAUCGCGUCUCCUCAAUGACAAACCCUACUCGCAGACGCGGAAAGGAGAUGAUGCGGACGAUCUGUCUCUGCCGGACAGUGCCACAUUGCAAAAACUGGACGAGCUGGCCACUCGAAAGUUGGCGGAAAUAGUGCGGCGGUGGUCUGCAGGAGAACACAAUUGGAGGGGUUACGAGGAGAGCGAGAUUGUGGCGGCAAGGGAGUUUUUGAACCAGGACAAUUCCUCCGCUCCAAAAUAGGAUAACCUACAGUAUGCUCAGUCCAUAUACAUCCUGUCGAGGUGUAGCACAUUCAAAGUAUAUCAAGGAUUUGGUUCGUGG